GGAGGUGCAGGUUGCGCGCGCAGCUGGCCCUGGCCGUCGGCCGGCCCGGGGCGCCCAGCUGCAGCAGCUGCCGCUCCGCGUGCAGCACGCCGACGCCCUGACGGCGAUCGCCGCGGAGCACGUGCAGUGCCGGGUGGGCCGCGUGGAGCCCGACCAGCGGCUGGCGGCGGCGCGCCGCUUCGUGGUCAGCGACAACAUCACGGUGCACCCCGACGGGGCGGACGGCAGCCCCGGCCCGCGUGGGGGCCACUAUCACCUCGCCAUGGAGCCGGGCGUUAAGCCAGGAUUUGUAAAGCUACGCCGCGUACGCGUACACGUGUCUCGAAGCCUAGACGGCACGUUGUCUCCCCUUGAUGAGGAUGACGAGAGCGUGCACGAGAUGCAGAGCGCCCCCUGGGGCGGCUGGGCGGGAAACUCGCGCCCGAGGUCGAGGACGCAGAGGACGCCGUCACCUGCAGAGUCUCCGCGGCAAGUGCGCGCCAGAGGCGGCAGGUCCACCGACUCGGUCAUCAGCUCGGACGAGUCGCUGAGCUGGCCGAGCGACGGCAGCGCCAGCAACAACGACCACGAGAAGAGGGUGCCCCUCGAGGAGUUCCGCGCGAGGACCACGAGCUACCUGCGCUGCCCGCUGGACCUGCACGACCUGCCCAAGGACUGCUUCCAGGCCGUACAGACGCUCAGGGCGCCCGUCGUGGACCCCGACGUGGACGACGAGGAGGCGCCGCCCCCGUACGAGCUGCACACCGAGUCGUACUUCAUGGCGCACCCUUUCAUGGUUCGCUUCGCCCACGCCUUCCACGCCUCGCUGGCGGCGGCGCUGGGCGUGGCGACGGAGAGCAUGCACCAGGCCAGCCUCCGCGUCAACAACGGGCCCGCCGCCAUCCUGUACGAGAGGACCGCCGGGCCCAUGGCCGGGCCGCAGCUCACGCUGCAGCACGAGGUCAUCCCCGCGCUGCCGCUGGCCUCCUGGCCCGCCGCCCUGAGGGACUGGGUGGUCCGCGAGAGGAACGGCUGGCCCGCGAGCGGCACGGUGCGGGACGUGCACGACCUGGGCUGCCUGGCCGUGCCCUCCGUGACCUCGGGCGUCGACGCGCACACGCUGCAGUGGACGCUCGCCUUCCCGGGCGGGGAGCGCCUGCUCGAGCUCAGCAUGUCCGCGCCGCAGGCGCACGCCUACCUCAGCCUGAUCGUCGUGCUGCGCGCCGUGCCCGGCGUCAACGCCAGCCUCAUCAGAGCCUUCUUCCUGCGCCUCAGCGAGCGCACCAAGGCUGACAUGGAGUCUGCCGCCAGCAGCCUGGGGUGGGCGCCCGGGAGGUCGCUGCGGAGGGCACUACAAUACCUGUACUCGGCUCUCAAGCAGCGGCAGCUGCCAGACUACUUCGUGUCGGAGCGGAACCUCCUCUCCGAGCUACCCAACAGUCAGAUCUACCGAGCCCAGGAGCGCCUCCUGCGCCUGCGCGAGCAGCUCGUGUUCCGGGUGCUGCAAACGUUCCGGCGUCUGGUCUACGUGCGCGAUCACGACUUCUACCCGCGCCUCCAGUACGACAAGCUAGAGGCGCUGCUCGGCGAACCCGACAGCAGCCCGAGUGCCUCGAGCAGCAGCUUCACCACACCCAGCAGCAGCAGGUUCGCCACACCCAGUAGCAGCAGGUUCGCCACGCCCAGUAGCAGCAAGUUCACCACACCGAGUAGCAGCAGGUUCACCACACCGAGUAGCAGCAGCUUCACCACACCCAGCAACAGCAGGAAAACCAGCCGCAACGAGGCCAUCGGCGCACAGAACGCCUUGAACGGCUUCCACGUCAACUGGAUAGAGAGCUUCCCUGCCGCGACCAGGCCCGGCAGCCCCGGCAGGAGCAGGAGGACCAGCCGCCACGAGCAGCAGCCGCAGCCGCAGCCGCAGCCCAACGCCCUGAGCAGCGUCAACCAGAGGUGGAUAGAUGAGGUCCGCCGGAAGGCCGAGGAGGACAAGCAGCGCGAACUCCAGGCGGCCUUCACCACCCACCCGAGGCUCCACAAGCACAUGACGAUCAAACUGGGAACCUCCAGUCCGGAGACGAAAAUGCGAACACAAGGCCUGCUCAAGUUGUUUUGUGAUCAGUUUAUAAGAAUGGGGAAAGCCAGCACACAGUUUAAAGACUACUCGCAGGCAUAUGUAUACCUGCGACACAGUCUGCACCUUCUGACUAUUCUACAACAAGACUAUGGGUACAUAAAUGACGCCAGACAGUUUUUGAGCAGAGUAAGACACGCUGAGAGGGAAUUGACACAGUCUGCAAUGAUGGCACAGAAUGAGAGGGCAAAACCGGUAUACGGAAGUGCGUCAAAUCUUUCAUCUUAUCAUGCACACAGGCAACACCACAUAGGGUUUGGUUCAACUAGCGUUUUGUGAAACAGACCUGAAAGACUCCAUUUUGUGAAGUUUUUACGAAACUACAAAAUAUUAUUUCAGUCCAUGACAAAGAGACAACAUAUACCCAGGACCCAGGUAUAUUGAAAAAUAGUUACCCCUUUCUGAUACUCUUAUAAUAAUCAAAUGCAGUAAAAUGCAUUCUUAUUACUAUGAAUUGUGAUAUGAUCUAAUUAAAACUAAAACUACCAUUAGAUAAGAUUAU